AUGGACUUAGGAGCACAUGAAAGGGGGACAGACUCUGAUGCUGAACUUUUCGCUAGCAAAGACGAAGGAGAGGAGGAAGAAGAAAGCGACGAUAUUGCCAUCUUCGGAGACCCAGGGGCAGAUAGAGGGGGCGAGGGAAAGUCUAAACGGGCGGUAAAAUAAGGCAUGAAGAAAAGUAAAGAACGGCGAGAAGAGCCCCUUGGGAAAUGUCUUACCAGGCCGUUCUGGCUUCUGACUGGGGCCCGAAAACAAGCUGCCCCUGGGUCUCCGAGGAUGCGACAGCGCAGGCGAAACUGAAGAGUUUAAAUAAUUAGUUUAAUUAGAAGAGUUUGAAUAAUAAUUUUAGAUUUUUUUUGUUUUGUACAACUUAUGGCAAAUAAAACAAUAAACAAUAAGAUGUUCGGUUUCGACGGUCGAACGUAUUGGGAGAAAUUGACAUCGAAGAGUUCUCUGCUCAUCAUGGUGCAACUAAAGAUCUUAGUGACUGUGCAACAUCGAAAGAUUUUUUGAAUCUUUUCAUCGACGAUGAUUAUCUGGAUGAAAUUGUUCGAUUGCUUACGCCCGUUCGAAAGGAGAUGAAACCUUCACAACUAGUUGUGCGGAAAUUUCAGCCUAUCUUGGACUGA